ACCACCGCUUCGUUGGAUCUUGAACAGACACUUUCGGAUCUUUACGCCAUGUCGUCGGGGCGUCCAGGUACGAGCUCCGGUCAACGUCCAGGCACCGGUCAACGCCCUGGGACUGGGUCUCAGCAGCCUCUGAAUGCCGUGAACGCGCGUCCUGGGACGGGUCAGCGCACCGCGUUGCAGUCAUCUGGCGGCGGCCGCCCGCUCACAAGUCGGUUGGGCACGGGCCAAGUACCGGCGACGCCUGGCCAGUCGGCGGGGUACGGCGUGAGUUUGAACACGGAAGUGCAAGUGACGGAUCGUCCUGUGACCCAACAAGGCAUGAUGGGGAUGCGCGUGAUGACGGCGGGCCCGGGGCGGCAAGUGCAAGACGCGUCGUACUUUACAGGCAGAUUGCAUCAAAAGACGGCCGAAAUCACAGCCGAAAUCGAGAAAAUCACCAAAGAAAUCGACCAGGAUGCCAAGGACAAGAGCCAAUACGCACAGCUCGAGAAAAAGUACGAACACUUGGCCAUCGAAGUGCGAGAUUUAGAGGGCCAACUGGCCGACUACAACCUCGCCAUGGACAAGCUGCGAAGUGCCACGGACCCCGAAGAAAUUCGUCAAGUGCAAGAACAACUGCACAAUCGCAACCUAAAGGAAGCAGAGGAAGUGGACAGGAUUUUUAUCAUGCGCCAAGACCAGGAACGCACGGCCAAACACUUUGAAGACGAAAUCAACGCGAUUCACAUGAAGCAGCAGGACAAGAUCAACCAAUUGGCGCCGACAAAGUUGGAGAAGUAUCGGGCCCUGCUCGAAGAAAACCACCAGGGCGAAGCCGAGUUGGAAGCCAAGUCCCAGGAACUGGAUAUGCUCAUGCAAGCCAUCCGGGCCAAAGAAGACGACCUCGGGAUGGACAAAUUCCGCGACGAGUACGACCAGUUGGAGCGACAAGCGAUGCGGUUAAAAAUGGAGUGCAAAACCAUCCAGGACGACCUUAAAACCGCGCAAAUGGACCCCACCGAAGCGCGCAACAUGCUCUUGGCCAGGGUCAAAGAGGACAAGGCCAAGAUGGAGCAAGUGGAAAAGCAAAUCGCCACCGCCGACGACGAAAACGGGGGAUUGAAAAAAGCACUCCACGAAGUCAAAUUGGAGCUCGAAGAACGCAAGAACGAAGGCCCGGACAGCAACGCAAGUCAAAAGUAUGACAUGCUGUACCAGCGAGACCAGGAAAUGAGCUCGUUUAUGGACACGUUCGACGAGAAAAAGGAUAAAGAGCUCGACAACCAACGCCAAGCCCAAGCCAUGAUUGUGCGCCUACUCGAACAUAUUUCCACUGGCCUAAACCGCCAAGACAAGAUGCCAUCAGCGUCAAAGGUGGAGGAAAUGAAAACGGACUUGACGUUCAAGGAGCGCCAGCUCGAGUCGGCGCAAACGACCAAGACGCGGUUGAGCAUGGAGUUGUCGAAACGCCAGGCCGAGCUGGAAAAGGUCAACACACUCGACGCCAAGAUCUCGGUCGAGCUAAACUCGCUGUCGUCUAAAAUGGCGACGAUGGAGACGGACAUGGACGGGUUCCAGAACAUCGAAGCGCUCAAGGAAACCCAUGCUACCACCAAGCAGGCGCUGCUCAAGUUCAAGCAGCAGUACAUCCGCCGCCGCGACGCGAUGAAGUCGCAGGUGAAUCUGUUGGCGGCGCAGUACGAGAACCUCAAGCACCAGCUGGCCAACAACGAUACAGCCAAGACGCUUGACUCGCUCGAGCAAAAGCUGCGCCACCACGAACAAAAUAUAUACCACCUCAAAGAAUGUAAUACGGACGUGGGGAUGGGUCUCUUGGCUACAGACCGACCUGUGAUGGGAAUGCUAAUGCUGGAGUGUAGACAUUGACACAAAGACGCGAGAAGUCGAGUACGACAGCGUCAAGCAAGAUUGCCUCAAGUGCCUCACGGAACUCAACACGAUUCGCAUCAAAGCCCAAGGAGUUGUCGAAGCCAAGGGGUACUAGUUGUCGCUGGUUUGCUGCUGUAGGACACCCAUACUAGUAAUACUGUAGUAGUAAUACUCAAUUGUCCAGAGGCAGGAACAAUACACUUCAAAGUCGUAAUACUGUAGCUAACUAACGUUACUG